AUGGCCAACGUGCGCGGGCCUAGACCAUCUGUUAGGCGGCUUCUGAUGGCGACCACAAACUCCAUCCUGCUUUAUGGAGCGGAGGUGUGGGCCGAAGCUAUGGAAGUAAAGAAAUAUAGGAAGCAAAUAACGGCGGUACAGCGCAGAGGCGCACUGAGAGUUGCUUGCUCCUACCGAACGGUUUCGGGAGAGGUAGUAAUGAUAAUCGCGGGAGUGAUCCCCGUGGAUCUGCUUGCGAUUAAGCGAAAGCGGAUCUACGAGAGACGUAACGAGGCAAAUAAGGUAACCAUUGCCACCGAAGAACGCGAUCGGACGAUGCGAAAGUGGCAGGAGCGAUGGAACGAGUGCCACCAAGCGAAAUGGACCAAAACAAUGAUAUAG